AUGGCAAGUCUAUUCUCCUCACCUCUCAGCUCACGUUCUCUCUCUCUUGUUAUCAACCUCUUCUUCAUCUUCCUCAUUUAUCUCCAUUUCGCUUCACCAAAUCCUCCUCACUCAUCAUCCACCAAAUCCCUAAACUCUCUCGGUGUCAAUGACAAUGAGAGCUGCAGUGACGGCCUCGCUGCCUUAGAAGACCACCGUUCCAAGUGUUCUUACAUUAUAUCUCAAUCAAAAUGUGCCCCACAAGGCUACAUAGACUAUCUCAAAAUUUUCUUCUGCGUCUUCGGACAAUCCCCUGUGUUAGGCCAUCUAGUUUUAUGCCUCUGGUUGUUUGUUCUGUUCUACUUGCUCGGAGACACUGCCGCGAGUUACUUCUGUCCUUCUUUAGACAAGUUGUCUAAAGUCUUGAAGCUCUCUCCUACGAUGGCUGGUGUUACGCUCCUCUCUCUAGGAAACGGUGCGCCAGAUUUAUUCUCAAGUGUUGUCUCAUUCACACGGUCGAAUAAUGGAGAUUUUGGUCUCAACUCUGUUCUAGGCGGUGUGUUCUUCGUCUCUAGCUUCGUUGUCGGGACGAUUUGCUUGUUGAUUGGCUCUCGAGAUGUCUCUAUCGACAAGUACAGCUUUAUCCGCGAUGUGGUUUUUCUUCUGGUUGCUCUUUGUUGUCUCGGUUUGAUCGUCUUCGUCGGAAGAGUAACCAUAUGGGUUUCACUUUGUUACCUUUCUAUUUAUCUACUCUAUGUAGGGUUUUUAUCAGUUUCUCUUUUCUUGGAUCGCAAGAAACCUAUAUCCCAUCAGAUUCUCCGUACUAGAGAGGAUUUAGCCGAGAUGGGCGUCCCAUUACUCAGCUAUAUCGGUGAGGAGAAGCCGGUUCCACCGCAAAAGGUUGCUCAAGAAUCAAGAACUCAAGAACAAGAAUUCAAGAUUGUGGUUCUUGAUUUGCCAAAAACGCAGCCGUCUUGUUUCUCGGUGCUAGUAAGCAUCAUAGGACUACCUCUAUAUCUCCCACGGCGGCUCACGAUUCCUGUCGUCUGUGAAGAGAAAUGGUCAAAGCCUUGUGCGGUUGUUUCCACAGCCAUCGCACCUGUUCUACUAACCGAACUUUAUUGUGCUCAUUACAACGGGUCCAAAAGAAACCUAAUCAUGUACAUAUUAUCUGGAGUUAUCGGGUUAUUCUUUGGUAUCUUAGCGUUCUUGACAACGGAAAACUCUCGUCCACCCAAGAAAUUCUCACUGGUUUGGCUUCUAGGCGGCUUCACAAUGAGUGUGACAUGGACAUACAUCAUAGCACAAGAGCUAGUCUCAUUGUUAAUAUCCUUAGGGAAUAUCUUUGGUAUUAGUCCUUCCGUGCUAGGACUAACCGUUCUAGCUUGGGGAAAUUCUCUAGGCGAUUUAAUCGCUAAUGUGACCAUGGCAGUUAAUGGAGGCAACGAUGGUGCGCAAAUAGCACUUUCAGGGUGUUACGCCGGUCCGCUAUUUAACACGGUGAUUGGACUAGGCGUGCCACUUUUGAUCUCCUCUUUGGCUGAAUAUCCAGGGGUCUAUGUUAUUCCAAGUGACAAUUCUUUGCUUGAGACACUUGGUUUCUUAAUGGUAGGCUUGCUUUGGGCACUUGUGAUAAUGCCAAAGAAGAAGAUGAGACUUGAUAAGCUUGUCGGUGGCGGCUUACUUGCUAUUUACUUUUGCUUCUUGUUCUUGAGAUUGGCCAGGGUAUUUGGAGUCCUUGAUAUCGACCGGUGA